GCCAGCUUAUGAGGGGUCGUCUUUUGCUGCUGUUGCUUCUCAUAGGGCCAUCGCUGCCCAAUGCUCCUUCAUUGCGACUCAUGAAGCUCCCAUGCCUUGACCUUCACGGAUACUCGCCUGGCUCUCAUUCUCCUACCUUACGGAGUACACUCCUCCCAUUUUGUCAACAAGCAUCUUCUACUCUGUACGGAUACUCCGCGCGCAUACCUUACUCAGACAUCGUCGCAGGAGGUAUUUACAACGAGCCAGUCACAGUCUCAUUUGCACUUCAAAGACCCUGACUGGAUCGGGGCUCCAACUUUCUUACCUUCCCGCUGCCUUAGUCCCUCGGCACCUUAGACUUUCAUUCGACCGCUCGGCCGCCUGCCUCCACGUCUCCAGCCGCUCCCACCAAGCUAUCCGUACACUAUCCAUACCUACCAAGCUACCUUUGAACCAUGGACGA